AUUGAUCAACUUGGGGUGGGAGCAUAAGAAUCCAGUUCAGUGCGACUUGAAAGAAGGUUUAGUUUAAUACAAGUAGUGCAGAGCCCACUAUAAUAUGUCCUUAUCCGGGCAAAGCAAAGUUCCAGAUACGCAGACGGAGCCUCUCUACGCUGCUAUUUAUCUCCCCCAUCCCAGGUUUCAACACAACAUUACCAUCCUACACGCUUUUACCUCAUUCCUCCAUCUUCCUUCCUAUACAAAUAUAUCAUAAUAUAUAUACAGAAAGUCCACCACCUAGCCAGCCGUCCCAAAAGUAAACGCUUUUUAACAAUUCAGACCACAGCUUUUUAAUAUUGCUCCAUGUCAACAUCAACCACUAUAUCCUCUCUCUCUCUCUCCCUCAUGGGGGGUAUGACUAAAGUCUGCACAAACUAAGAUGGAAGGGUUAGAAUACCCCCAUGAUUGAUUAAAACAGAGUAGUAUCUUUUGGCAUCUUCGACUGUCUUCUUCUUCUAAUAAUAAUAUGAUCAAAUAUGACAAGGAAACCUGCAGGCAAUCUCGGCUUUCUCCUCCUCCUCCUCAUCAUCAUCGCCAUCACAGGGCAGCCAUGCUCUUGUCCUCCUCUGUCCCUUCUUCCUCUCCUUCGUCUCACCUUACCACAGUCAAUCCCUUUUGCUCCCUCUUUUCGGAUGUGCUGCUGUCUCUACUUGUCAUAACCCUCUCUUGCUUUGCGACUGCCACCCAUGCCUCCUGCAAUCGCCUGGAUCGUGACUCUUUAUUAUCCUUUUCCACCAGCAUAGCCAGCCCCUCAUCUCCUUUGAAUUGGACUAUCUCGGUUGAUUGCUGCAUCUGGGAAGGCGUUCUUUGUGACAAAAGCGGUAGAGUCGCCAGUUUAAGGCUGCCAUCAAGAGGGCUUGUCGGAACCAUCUCUCCUUCACUGGCCAACCUCAGCAGUCUUUCUCAACUAAACCUCUCACGCAACUUCCUUUCUGGUCCUCUCCCAAAUGGAUUCUUCGUGUCCCUCAAUCACCUGCAGGCGAUUGAUUUGAGCUACAACCGACUCUCCGGACAAUUACCGCCUUCCGAUAAGUUUCCAACAACAAUCCAGCAAGUGGACUUCUCCAGCAACAAAUUUAAUGGAACCGUCCAAUUUACAUUUCUCAAGGAAGCAAUAAACUUGGCAAGUUUCAAUAUCAGCAACAACAGCUUUUUUGGGUCCAUUCCUUCAUUCAUCUGCAGCAUUUCACCCUCCAUUAGACUCCUUGAUUGCUCUUUCAAUCAUUUCAGCGGCUCGAUUCCCCAAGAUGUUAAAUAUUGUUCAAAUUUGGAGACUCUACGGGCAGGUUUCAAUUCUCUCUCGGGUCCUCUUCCUCAUGCUAUUUAUAGCGUGUUGACUCUGCAAGAGAUAUCUUUACCUGGAAACAAACUGAAUGGAUCAAUUAACCAAGAUAUUGCCGGACUCAACAAGCUCAGGAUUUUUGAACUCUAUGCUAACGAGAUUACAGGUACAAUCCCUCCAGAAAUAGGAAUGCUCUCCAACCUGGAAAAUCUACUCCUUCACAUAAACAAACUUCAUGGUACUCUGCCACCAUCUGUCACAAAUUGCACAAGACUCAAACUGCUCAACCUAAGAGUCAACUUACUUGUUGGUGAUCUUUCCAAAUUUGAUUUCUCCAAACUCACCCAACUUGUCACGAUUGACUUGGGGAAUAAUUUUUUCAAUGGUAGCCUGCCGGUAAGCCUUUUUUCGUGCAGAUCAUUGACAGCAGUUCGCCUGGCCACUAAUCACCUGACCGGAGAGAUCCCACCCCAGAUACAUGCACUACAAUCUCUGUCUUUUCUCUCAAUUUCCAAUAACACACUAACCAAUGUCACAAGUGCAAUCAGAAUUUUGACAGGUUGCAAGAAUCUCAGUACACUGAUUCUGUCAAAGAAUUUUUAUAAUGAAUCGUUGCCAGGUGAUGACGGUUUAGUCGAUUCUGAAGGAUUUCAGAAUCUCCAGAUCCUUGGUUUAGGUGGUUGCCAAUUCUCUGGUCAAGUUCCCAGUUGGCUGACUAAGCUGCAAAAGCUUGAGGUCCUCGACUUGUCAGUUAAUAACCUCACAGGCUUAGUUCCAAGUUGGCUUGGAAAUCUGCCAGACCUUUUUUACUUAGAUUUAUCUCAGAACCUCCUCUCAGGAAACUUCCCUGUAGAACUUACUGGACUCCCAAGACUAGUGAGGCAGCAGGGUGCUGAUCAAGUGGAUCAGAGUUACUUAGAGUUGCCAGUCUUUGUUCAGCCUGAGAAUGUCUCCAGCUUACAGUACAAUCAGGUGUCUAACCUCCCCCCUGCUAUAUACCUGAAUGGGAAUAACCUCAGUGGCAACAUACCCAUUGAGAUUGGCCAAUUGAAGCGCAUUCAUGUCCUGGAUCUCAGUCACAACAAUUUUUCAGGCAGCAUCCCCAACACGAUAUCUUAUCUUACUAACUUGGAAAAGUUGGAUCUUUCUGAAAACCAUUUUUCUGGUGAAAUUCCAGCUUCACUCGGGAACCUCCAUUUUCUGUCUUCUUUCAGCGUUGCAAACAACAAUCUUCAAGGCCCAAUACCCGCAGGAGGCCAGUUUGAUACCUUCCCCAAUGCCAGCUUUGAAGGAAAUUCAGGGUUGUGUGGCCGAUUUCUACGCCCUUGUAGCAAUCAAUCACCAACUACAAACCCCUCAGCAACAAGAAAAAGCCCAAAGAGGAAAAUAAUCAUUGGACUCAUACUUGGAAUCUGUUUUGGCAUUGGAUUCACUGUUUCUGUAGUGGCAUUUUGGAUAUUUUCCAAGAGAAGGAUCCUUCCUAAAGGUGAUGCUGAAAAAACUGAUCUGGAUACACUUUCCUACAACUCUAAUUCUGGACUGUCCACUGAGUUUGGAAAAGACACCAGCAUAGUUGUCUUGUUUCCUGAUAACACAAAGGAUGUUAAGGAUCUCACAGUAUCAGAGUUACUGAAAGCCGCAGACAACUUCAACCAAGCAAACAUUGUUGGCUGUGGGGGUUUUGGUUUGGUUUACAAAGCAACUUUGACAAAUGGCACACAGCUGGCUAUUAAGAAGCUUUCAGGAGAUACAGGGUUGAUGGAAAGGGAAUUCAAAGCAGAGGUGGAAGCAUUAUCAACAGCCCAGCACGAGAACCUAGUUGCUUUGCAAGGUUACUGUGUGCACGAUGGGUUUAGAUUACUGAUAUAUUCGUAUAUGGAGAAUGGUAGUCUAGACUGCUGGUUACAUGAGAAGCCCGAUGGAGCAGCCCAACUUGAUUGGCCAACCCGACUAAAAAUUGCCCAGGGUGCAAGUUGUGGCUUGGCAUACAUGCACCAGAUAUGUGAGCCACAUAUUGUGCAUCGCGACAUAAAAUCCAGUAACAUCCUGCUGGAUGAGAAUUUUAAAGCACAUGUGGCAGAUUUUGGAUUGUCUAGAUUGAUUCUUCCCUACCGAACACACGUAACCACUGAACUGGUAGGCACCCUAGGUUACAUCCCACCAGAGUAUAGUCAAUCAUGGAUAGCCACUUUGAGAGGGGAUGUUUACAGUUUUGGAGUUGUCAUACUUGAAUUACUGACGGGCAAGAGGCCUAUGGAGAUAUUCAAGCCUAAAGUGUCAAGAGAAUUGGUUGGAUGGGUGCAGCAAAUGAGAAAUGAUGGGAAACAAGAUGAAAUCUUUGAUCCAGUACUGUGCGGCAAGGGCUUUGAAGAAGAUAUGCUGCAAGUGCUUGAUGUUGCCUGCAUGUGUGUCAACCAAAAUCCUUUCAAGCGGCCAACCAUUACAGAAGUAGUUGAUUGGCUCCAUGACAUAGGGUCCAAGAGACAGGCACCAAAAGAAGGGCAAUUGUAUAAAUGAAUAGAGAAACUCCAGAAUUUGUUGUUAAUAUAAAACGUCAAUGGCAGUUUUUUUCC